AUCCUCCUGUGCUGCGGGGGAAGCUGCAGCCCGAGCGACGCCUUAUCCAGUCACUGCUACCACCUGCUCUUCGCCUUCCUCACCUGUUUCCUGUUUACAGCCCACCUCCCGGAGAGGUUGGCCCCGGGGCGCUUUGACUACUUUGGCCACAGCCAUCAGCUCUUCCAUGUCAGCGCCGUGGUGGGCACCCACUUCCAGAUGGAGGGCGUGAUAGCAGACAUGAUGUCGCGGAGGGCGUUGCUUGUAGCGCAUGGAGCCACGCCCUCCUUCCUGGGCACCAUCGGAGCGCUGGUAGUCAGCCUCGUGUUGAACCUGGGCAUCAUCGGCAUUUUCAGCGCCCCGCUGCUCUGGAAACCCUGCCACUCUAACUCCAACCAGCCGCACACAUCGACGAUGACGACGUGUGACCGCAAGGAGCAGUGACAGCGCGUUUUUUUUUUUGUCCUCCAAUAUGGCUGCUUCACUUUCCAAAGGAAAAGGUUGGGUCUGCUCAUUUGGGACGACUUCACAGCUCAGAGAAGUUCUUCUUUAACUCCUACAGUUUUAUAAUCCAGAGAUAAAGAUUUUUUAAACCGUGCUAAAAUUUGUUUCUAACGGCAUUACACGCCUGAAGUAUUCCUUCAUGUGUCUGCACAGAGGCUGAGGACCCAGAUGUUACAUGCAGUCGAUUUCAUUUGUGGGAUUCUGAAAACAUGUAUCUUGUAAAAAAUGUAUUGUAAUUUAUUUGAAAGUUUCCUCAUUUGUGCAUUUAAAGAAGCUCUGGGUUGAAGGAAGCCUGCUGUCGCGACACAACUCUUCCAGAAAGUGCCUUUUUUUUUUUUAAAGGUUCACUUUCUUUACAAUGUUUACAGAGGAUCACUACAAGGACUCGUUUAAAUCUCAAACUGGAAAUGCCUGUUAUCACAGUUUGCAGGGAUUCUAUUUUGAAUGAAUGAUUCUUCUUUAUGGAAACACUAGACCAGGAUCUCCUUCACUGUGUUAAGAAGGCCUUGAGUAUAAUCUUUCUAACUGGACUGCCUUGUUACUGCGGUGGUGCGUGUGUUUGUACAGCUACACUCAUUCAACCCUACGUAAUAUCAUGCAAAUUGUGUUGCGGGCUCUUAAAUAUCCAACCUAUUGAUUCCACUCUGCACACACUGCGAUUGAUUUGCAGGCCAGUGGGCUUCUUUUUCCUUUUUUUUUUUUCUUUCUGGUUCCCUGCCUUAUUAUGAACAUAACAAUCUGCCCUGAACAGGAGGAAGAGAAAAAAAGAAAAGAAACGUUAGAGCGCUGCGGUGGUGAUUAGAAGACAGGUACCAUUUUUAUAACAGAGCGUUUCCACGGCAACGCUAUAGUGGCCUCAUGCCCCCUGAAGGUCUUGAGCAAUUUUUUACAUUUCUGAGCAAAUGGCACGGUUUUUCUCUUGUUUGUCCGUCACAUCUGAAGUCUUUUCUAGACAUCUGAAAUUACUUAUAGCGCUUAUAGCCCCCCGUAACUCAUACAAAUGUAUCCCCUUUAGUAGCAUGUGUAUAUUUCCAUGCAUGUUAGAGUUCCAACACUUGUGGUUCAUGACAAGUUUUUGGUUGAUUUAAAAAAGAUAUCAAGAAAAAAAGUCACAAUUAGGGGCUCUCCUUAUGUACUGUACUUUAUCUAAUGACCCAUUUAUCACUGAAGUAAUAACAGGCCACUUUAUUUAUGGUAUCUGUUAUUUUUAUUGGCUGUUUAAAAUGUGUAGACGUCAAAUUAAGUUACCCUUUUUUCUUUGUAUUGUGAGAAGUCCAACAUUUUUAGAGUGCUGUAACAAAAAACAACAGGUUUGAUUCUGCACCACAUCAGCCUCUUAAAAAAGUGAAGAAUGACUGUUAAUGUAAAGCCUUGUUUUCUUAAAACACGGGAAUUCAGAGCAGAGAGAUCAUUUCCAAAGUCCGCCCAUGCUAAGCAACAAGUGUUUUCUGAGGACGUCUGCCUCUAUCAUAACCAAAAUGAUUUAAAAAAAAAAAAAGAAAGUAAAACUAGAGAUUUAUUUGAGAAGUGAAUAAUCAAGAGUGAGUUUAAAAAAAAAAAAAAAGCUUAAAAUGCAAGUUCACGCAUCUAAACUCCUUUUUUUUCUGUCAGAUCUUUUAAAGUUUUGGUUAAACAAUAUUGCCUUUCUUUUUUUCUUGUUAUUGGCCUUGUUGCCUUUAUUGGAUAGGACAGCUGAAGAGAGACAGGAAACAUGGGAAGGAGAGAGAGUGGGGGAUGACAUGCAGCAAAGGGCAGAGGUCGGAAUUGAACCCACAGCCAAUGCGGCGAGGACUAUAGCCUCCGUACAUAAUCCGCUUGAGAUAACCGCUAGGCUAUCGGUGCUCCAAUAAUGCCUCUCUGUUUUUCAGGUGAAAGUCUGUUGCAUUAUGAUGCACAUUUUCUUAUUUACUGACAUUUAUUUCUAUAAAAAAAUGUCUGAUUAUCUGAGAAUCAGGUUCAAAUCAUCUCAGAUUUCUUCACUUGUGUUAAGAGGAUCAAACGUUACAGACUGGAUAGCGGCCAAAUGACUCCAUAAGAUGCUGACAUGACAUCACUCAUGAUCAUAUCUUUAAAGUAGUUUUUUCAGAGUCUGGAGGGAGACACGGGGGGAGGGGGGGGUCGUCUCACUCAACAUCUCCAGUGUAGCACUGACAUACUGUAGGUACAGAUUUUAACCAUUUCUGUUUCUUAAUAUGACAAAUAUUUGGAAGGCUCAAACUGUAUAAAGCCUGUUUAACAGCACUUAUGGCACAAAUGUUCACUUAAUUCUACCUGUUUUAAAAAACACACUCCACGGGGGACACACUGCACACGCUCGCUCACACACUCACUUACACCCACACACACACUCACUCACAAUCGCUCGCUCGCUCACACACUCAGUCACACACUCAGUCACACAAACGUCUUUUAGCGCGCGCAGGUUGGAAGUUGUUUAAGAGGGAAAUCGUAUGUGAUGUGAAGGGAAUGAGGAGUGUUGGAAGUCGGACGAAGAGAGGAAGUGUAGAAUCACCAAGAGCACACACACACACACACGCACACACACACACUUUGUGUUAGAGCAGAGGAGUCGUUUAAGAUGUUUUCAAGGUUAGCGUGCAGAGUAGAGGAGUCACGUCGUCUUUUUUAUACGUCGCAGAUAAAAACAGAAGUAUUAACCCAUGGUGUGGUUUCCACUUGACUCUGUUUCUGUUUCAGCAUCGAUCUUUUUUUACAUUUCUCCACAGUCGUCAUCACAACGAUUUCUGAGUUUGACCACGUCGGUUCUUGAGAUUGCACCAUCGCUCGAUUGUGAUGCAGGUUUUUUUUUUUUCCAUCGAAAUGAAAUAGUUGCUGCUGCUUCAGACGUCGCCUCCCUCGCUGUGUGUCUGGGACUGUUUCAGCAGGGUGACGUCAUGUAGACGGGUUCUGACAGAGUUUCUCUCUGAAAUACAGUUUUAAGAACAUUUUUACUAGAUUAUCUUUGCCUGGAUGAAAUAAAAGAAAACAACAGACCGGAUCACUGUUGCUGCGAAGGUGUGCAAACCUUCAUCUGUGUUUCUCCUCAGUCAAUACGAUGCAGAUGCAGGUUUUCAUUUUCAGGAAUUAAACGGACACAUAUCUUGUGAAAACUUCUUUAAAAAAACAGAUGUUUGAAAACGUGAGAAGAGAGGAAAGACGAAGGCAGGAUGAAAAAAAAACAAUUGUUCAAAAUAAACAGGGUUUAUAAGAAUAACUGGUGCCUUUUUAAAAAAUGUUUUAUACAACCUUUUUUUUUUAUAUAAUGCUCCAUUCAGUCCAACAACAAACUACUCGUUCAAAUGUAUAAAUACAUGUUUGUUCUUUGCUGUGUAUAAUUUGUGGUUUGCUACGUUGUUGUACUAGACUUGUGUAAUAAAUUAAGCCUUUUAUAAAUGUAA